UUUCAUUUUUGUAAAUAACGUAAGCGAAUGAUUUUAAAUGUGGAGUUUAACACCCAUACAACUCAAGGAAUAUCUAACUACAAAAGGAGAAAUGCAUGACCUGGCUAAUUGUCGCUUUAUCCAUUUUGCAUCACAUGCAUAUGCACUACGUUUAAAUACUUAUUUGUUUUUGAAAAAUGUUCCUUGCAACUGAAGUCUGAACUACAGACGCGGACUGAAACUUGUCUCAUUUGAAAUUGGUUGCCAUGCCACAGCCGAGACGAGCUUGCACUAUUUUGUAUCGGCCAAGUCUAGUCUGCUGUCUGUCGGGCUCUUAAAGGUAGCGGGUGUCGGCUUUUCAACAGUUCGUUUGCGGUGCACGCGAAAAGGGAAUACAUAAACGCUGAUCUCCAUCAACGAUGGAGUCGCCAACAGUUUCACUGGGGAAAUUACGUUAAUUGCUCAUUUACUUUUGGUUGACUGAGAAGACUAAAGUCUUUUGUCACUUCUCUGUGUAAGCUGAGCUGACAUGGAGCAGUGUCAUAGAGGUGCCAGCUCUGGAUCCACCGACACGGUAGUGCAGGUGUGUUUUCCACUUGCCCAGGCGUCUGUGCUGGAUGGCCUCAACCGGCAGCGAGAAGAGGGACGUUUUUGUGACCUGUCUAUCCAUGUGCAGGGCCAGGUGUUCAAGGCACACCGCUGUGUGCUAGCAGCCUCUUCCCCCUACUUCCAUGACCAGGUGCUCCUGAAGAACAUGUCCACAGUAUCCAUCCCAGCAGUUAUGGAUCCUCUGGCGUUUGAGAGUGUCCUCAGGUGCGCAUACACUGGCCAGCUUCGCAUGCUCCGUGAUGACAUUGUGAACUACCUUACAGUGGGUAGUGUGCUGCAGAUGUGGCACAUUGUUGAUAAGUGCACCGAGCUCCUCCGGGAAGCCAAGGGGGGCACUGGCACCACUCUUGUGGCACGGAACUCUCAGGAAAACCGCGAGAGUGGUGGGACUGGUGAGAACCCAGGUGGCGUCCUCCAUUCUAGAUCUGGUGACCCACAGCCCCACAGCCGCCCCUCUCUCAGCGAGAGCCAAUCCCCCAGCAGCACCAACUACUUCAGCCCCAGAGAAGCUAACUUUGGGGGUUCUGCCUCUACCGGCAACACAGGCGAGGGACAAGGCCUGAACUCCACCUCCAGUUACUGUGCUCCAUCUGGUGGGGAAGAGGCCUUCCUAAUUGAGGAAGAUGAAGACGAAGAAGACGAGGGGGUGGAGGAGGAAGAUCUCAUGUAUUCUAGGAAACAGGAAAGGGGAAGUAACCGGAGGAAGAAGGCCCUUUCUGGGUGUGACCAAGGAGUGGGCGUUAGUGACAGUUUUGGUGUCUCCUCUUACCAGGAUGGAGACUCGCCCCCUCCACAGAAAAGGCCCACGUACAGCCAGCCCAGCAUCAUGCCCCGCAAGCAGUGGGUGGUGGUGAAGACGGAGCGGAGUCAAGACGAUGAGCUGAUUGUUGUGUCCGGGGAGGAAGGGGGUGAAGACGACGAGGAGGAGGAGAAGGAGUUGGGGCUGGACAGAGAGAGAGAAAGGGAAAGAGACUUGGAGAGGGAGAGAACUUUCAACAUUUCAAAUGUUAGGACCCUCUCUGAUGAGCUAAGCAGCCGAGCUCAUGCUGAAAUGGAGACACAGGUUGAUUACUGUCAGUCCUCUGAAGACUACCUCAAGUAUGACAGUGGUCUUUUGGACCACACUUCUCAGCAGAGUCCCCUUGACAACACUGGCCACAAUAGCAGCAGAGCUAUCUCUGCCCUGUUAGGACCGCUACAGUCAGCUGCAGCCAGGGCACAACUCUUCCCUCUGGACAUGCAGGGGAACCAGAUCCUACUGUAUAGUCAAGCUGCACUGGACUCUUCCUCUCUAGGAGUGGGAAGUGGUUUAUCCGGCCCAAGUUUUAAAGGACCCACCCUGGAGCACGGAGCAGUUCAUUUGUCUGGGCAGGGGGGCCUAAGUGGGGGGUUGGAUGGGCUAGACAGUGGCGCAUCUGGUGGUUCAGGGAAGGUGUUCAUGUGCCACUGCGGGAAGACGUUUACGCACAAGAGCAUGCGUGACCGGCACAUCAACAUGCACCUGGACCUGCGGCCAUUCCAUUGCCCUGUCUGUGCCAAGAAGUUCAAGAUGAAGCACCACCUGACGGAGCACAUGAAGACACACACAGGCCUGAAGCCUUACGACUGCCACGGCUGCGGCAAAAAAUUCAUGUGGCGAGACAGCUUCAUGCGCCACCGCUCCCACUGCGAGAGGCGAGGAGGAGGGGGCUCCCUUGAGGCCGGGGCUUCCCAAGAUGCACAGGAUCUCUCCCCAACACACCCACUCCAGCCUUCCCACAGCCAUGAGGCCAUGCAGGCUGAGGGCAGAAACAGCAUUGGUGGCAGAAGUGGGAUGGUUGUCAUGUCUCCACAUCAUUCCAGCUCUGGCAGUGGCAAUUCCAUGUCUUGUCUGAGCAUGGCUGGCUCUGGUUCUCUGUUGGGGGUCGGCUCCCAGAGUUUGGGGUCAAGCAUUUUCGGGUUGGGGGUAAGCAGAGGUGGGUGUGAGGAUGAGGUAUGUGAGGUGAAUGUUGGUGAGAGCAACAUCUCUUAGGAAGAGCGGCACGAAAACACUCAGUGAACAUUCCCACAUCACCCCCAAAUUAUAAGCUACAAAUCUAAACAGGACCAUGUGUAUAGCUCCCUGACCUUACUGUACAUGACUUUGUGUAGAUGUUUUGUUGCACAAGUUCAUGUGAUUUCAGAUUCAAAAUGCCAAAAACAGUGUCUUUCCUUACUUUCCCCUGCAUAUCUAACCAUGUAGUGGCAUGGGAAUGCAUUUAAAAGCUAUGGUACUUUUUGCUGCUGUAUAACGUAGACUAGGCUGCUGUUGUGAACUCUUACUAUCGUCAGUGAAGAUUUAAAAAAAAAAAAUCAGAGGACUGUUGAUUGAAUGUUUUAAAGACUGUUGUUACAUCACUUUCAAUCAUUUCCUCUACAUCACAGAAGAGCCGUUUAAUGUGUCUUCGGCUUUUAGUGCCAGAACAUCAUCAGUGUCACCGUUGUGUUUGGGGGGGGGCUCCAGGGAACUACCCCGGCCAUUAUUGUCACCCUCUGGUGAAUUCAGUCUCGCUUCAAAGCAUUAUCCCAGAUCACCUGGGGUGUCAAUUUCGAAUUUUUAGGCACCGACAUCUUUGUUUGCUUUUAAUUAUGUUCCUCACAAAGUUGAAAUUUUGAGUACAUUUAAAGGUUUUCCUUCUAUGAAGGUGGACUGUAAUAAAAGUCAAAUUUGCCAAACGACUUGAGUGCUACUGAAAGCCAUUAGACGCUCCGAUGGCUGGUGCCGUGUGAGGGUGAUGGAAUAUGGACGACUUCCAUUACAUUUUACUGGAAGUGAGCAAAUCUGAGGAGAUCUUAAAGCUGGUUUUUUCCCCCCCAAAUAGGAGUUUGAUUUAGAGUACAUAUUCAUCACUGUAAUAGAAGUUAAUAGAUAAGGAGGGAUAUAUUUAUGUUUAUACACUACAGAAAUAUAUUGAAAUGCAUUACAAAAUAUGAAAUAGUAACUUAAUGUUGGAAUUGACUGCCUUACUAAAUAUUUCGGAUAUAUCUCAUAAUCGUGUCCAUCCAUGACUAUCAAAUACCUCAGACCUCAGUAUAUUAGCCCUGGAUAGUUGGGAGUGAGUGAGAGAUUCUACAGGAAACACUUUUGUGAAGAUAAAUUAACACUAAUUGAUUAUAUCAAUAUAUGAUUUAUUAAAAUAGUUUUGGGAGAGUUAAGUAGUUAUUAUUUCUUUGGGGACCAUGUUGGGCGUGACCUCAUAUUUGCCUUUUAAAGAUUAUAUAUGACACCGACCUCCACAGCUAUAACUGCCACACACACCUGUGUGUGUAAACACUGUUGUGGCAGCCUAUUGAUAUUAAAACAAACUGAGCUUACCUUUCAUCAACAUCUUGUGACAUGAUGAAAAAUAAACACUAUCUGGUUCAAAACGU